CUCUGUCACCUCGGCAUGGGCCAUGACUGCUGAGGGACGAAGCUAUGAGUGAGAGAGGGAGAGCUUAACUUGCAGGGCAAAGGGGGAAGAAAGACGAGGCAACUGUGGGCAUAGCAGAACUACGCGACUAUAGAGCUGAACACCCCGAGAACACGGCACCCGAAAGGCACACCUACGAACGGGCAGUCGCGUUCCACCGCUAAGACCUGCAGGAUCUGACCAGGGAGGGUGAAAAGCACAGGCCAAACUUCCAAAAGGCCAUACUGGAAGCUGCUAAUGCAACAUGAUCCUGUGGGACUUGCUCUAAAAAUAUCAGCCGUCAGGAAUACACGGACUCACUGUGGUUGCUUAAUUGGCCAAAGAUUAAACAUUUUCUUUUUUUCUGGGCUAAUUAGACUUGUUCAAGGAUGUGAGAACCAUAUUCCAAAAUUCUUGGUUGCAAGCAUUCUGAAGAUAAUCUCUGUACGUAUUGAUGACCUUCACUUGCCUCAGGGCUUUCUAGAUAGCGUUUCUUAUUUAUAUGGAGUUGGAGAUUUCGUAUGCCACUUGAAGCUCUUUAAAUAUCUAAGGAGACUAUCUACUGAAGCCUUGAUUGGAGCUGUUUUUACAAGAUUUCCAGUAAAACCUUUAAAGCACUGACUACAUCAAAAUAGUUCAUUAUGAAAUGGAGAGUUGAAACAGAAAUUAAGUCAGAAAGUGUAAUUUUACUAUAAAGUCAAACUGUUUAUGCAGCUGACCCUGUGCUGACGUUUGUGCAUAAAGUCCAGCAUCUCUCUACUGAGUCAUGAGGAAGUCUGAGGUGCAGAUGACCCUAAAGAAGGGCGCAGAAGAUGGAUCUGGAGGGGUUGCACCUCCAAGCCCACGGAUACCAUCAAAACGGGCUAAAGUCAAUCCUGACCAGCUGGUGCCUGACCCGAGUUCCGUUUAUCCUACACCAACACCCCCUGUCUUCAUCCGGAAGAUGAGGAACGCUGCCGUGGGUACUGGCUGUGACAUCCGACUGAAGGUAGCUGUGGCUGGGGACCCACAACCCUCACUUUACUGGUACCACAACGAUGAGCUCCUCAGCAUGCAUAACCAGGAGUAUGGAGGCCUGUGGAUCCGGGACUGCAAACCCACUGAUGCAGGCCUAUACACCUGCAUUGCUACCAGCUACCUAGGAGAGGCUAAGAGCAGCGCGGUCCUCGCAGUCUUGGAUCUGGGAGAAGACUCUGAAACAACAGAAGACGAAGCAGGCGAGCCUCAGAUGGAGACCAAAGAAAGAGGCAGAGGUGGUUCAGAAGAAGCCUCCCAGCGUGUGCCUGCAGGUGAGCGGAUGAUAGACAUGGCAGCAGACACGAGUGGUCACUGGGCAUCCAGCGAGAACACAGUGGUGGAGAAAGAGGCGCUGUCUCUGGGAUCGAGAGCACCGGGGCCUCAGCCCGCCAGGAGCCAGUCUGAAGAGGUUUUGAGAGAAUCUCCCUCACAUGUCCUCCCACCUCCCUCCCCCAAAAUUGUCCGUUCAUCCACCUCUCCCAUGCUUGGCCGGUCUGGCUCAGGCCCCCCCACGCCCCUCACCCCACGCAAGAAAGCCGUCGUGCCAUCUGACUACCAAGACACAGUACCUGGGGAGUUUGAGGAGAAGAUUAAGCAGCCUAAAUCCUCAGGCAUGUCCCAGAGCAGUACACAGGAUUCUCGACCCCAGACCCCUGUCAGCGAGUACUCACGGAAAGACUUGACCCUACGUCCCUCACCUAAACUAACACGUGCUAGCUCCAAGAUCUUUGAAAGGGUACGAGUCUUUGAAGAGCGGAGGCGGAGCAUCGACAACCCUGAGGGUUCCAUCUCUGGACGCUCUUGGGCCGGUUUUAACAGAGCCCCUUCCAUAGACUCUGACGAGGGUGGAAGCCGGCUGGGGAUCUCCAGGGAGAGCUCCAAAGAAGAUCUCCAUGAAGCUUUGAAGGUAGAUGCAGCCCAGAGAAGGUCUAUGUUCAGGCAGAGGGCUGCCUCUCUGGAGGAUAAACCUCGGUACUCCCAGAAAGUUCAAGACAUUGAGAACAAAUUCACAGAGGAGCUCCAACGCAUUAAGAAACUUGUGGGAAAGCCACACAUGAAGAAGUCCUUUUCCACUGAGCAGCUUUCCACAUUUCACAGGAGCAGGCAGCCUGUGAGAAAACUGGAACCCAUCCCCCCUCAAGUUCUUCAGAAGCUUCAGGACAGGGAGCGUGCUCAACAGGAGCAAGAGAGGAGAGAGAGAGAACAUGCCAAAGAGACUUCCCCACCAAAAUCACCAAAGGUGCAAACAACACAACAGACCAGAUGGGCGGGAGAGCAAGCAUCCCCUCCAGAGGCCAUGCCACCAUCUGAGUUACCUGGACAAAGGUCUCCAAGGCUAUUGCAUGGACUUAAUCAGCUUAGAGAGAGUCCUCAAAGAUCUCCAACUACGGAAAUCACUUGCCUGCCUGAGGAGCGCCCACGGUCCCCUGGCAGGUCAAGCACAGAGUCUCCAUCCAGAAACGUCCUGGAAAUGACAUUACGCAAAGUGGAGCCACGGCCUUCAAGCCCGCUAGUAAAGAGGGGAGUCCAUGUCCAGGAAGUUACACCAGUCCACACAGAAGACGAGUCUGUACAGAGAAAAACACCUAUAGAGAUCACACUGCGCAAGCUGGAGAGAAGGCCUGAAAGUCCUCUGGUACAAGGUGAGACAGUAGCAAUACAAGAGCAUCCCAUUCAGGCACCUCUCAAACCUCUGAGGCUUUUGUUAUCUUCCUCUGAGGAAGAGAAGAUGGAGGUGGAUGUGAUUCCUCCAGCUCCAGCCCCAAAGCUCACCAUCCCUCAAAUCAUUGUUGAAGAAGAACCAAUGGAGACAGAAGCCUCCACAGCUCCACAGAGUGAAAAAGCAAGCAAAAGUGCCAAAGAGGAAAAACCGCAGAGAAUAAAAGGGAGAGGACGCAGACAAAGACCCAUGUCUCCAGAAUUAGAAUCUUCAGACGACUCCUACGUGUCUGCAGGAGAGGACCCUCUAGAGGCCCCGGUGUUUGAGUUUGCUCUUCAGGACAUGGUGGCAUCCUCUGGAGCUGAAGUGCUGUUGAAGUGCAUCAUUGCUGGCAACCCUCUCCCUGAAGUGAUAUGGACGAGGGACAAUGUGGAAAUAAAGAACAGUCCCACACAUGUGGUCAAAGUGGAGGGCGAGAGGCACACUCUUCUCAUCAAAUGGACGAAGCCAAGCGAUGCUGGGACAUACACUGUAACCGCCAGUAAUGAAGUGGGCAAGGCCUGUUGUACUGCCACCCUCUUCAUCAAGUCAGAGCCCAGCCAAGACACAAGGGGGAACCUUGGAGUUCCCAUGGACAUCAGCAGCCCCAUCACGUCUGAUGAGGAGUAUCUCAGCCCUCUGGAAGAGGGUAUGGACUUCGGGGGGACUUCCUAUCGUGGCCCUGAACCACGGAAAAUCAUAGACACUCGAUUCAAGGAGCCACCUGCCUUUCAGGCUACUCUUGGAGAUCAGACAGUCAUUGAAGGACAAGAAGUGACCAUGUUUGUCCGAAUGAGCGGGCAACCCAAACCAAUGCUUUAUUGGCUGAGGGACAGAGUGACCAUAAAAACAGGUCCUCGACACAUUGUCCGCGAAACAGAAGAUGGUACCUGUGAGAUGAUAAUUAAAUCAGCUGUGAAGUCAGAUGCUGGUGUGUACACCUGCAAGAUCAUCAAUGAGUAUGGAACCAAACAGUGUGAGGGCAGACUGGAUGUGAAAGCUGUUCCAGCAGAGCCUGGACUGGCCAUUGUUCGAGCAGUCAGAGACGUGAUGGUGAAGGCGGGAGAGACAGCAGUCUUUGAGUGUCAUGUGAUCGGGCCGCAAGAUAUGGAUGUGGAUUGGCUGUCAGACGGGAAGCUCAUUCAGCCAGCUCUGCUGAACUGUAAGAUGCACUUUGAUGGGAAGAGGUGCAGGCUGCUGCUCAACUCCGUGCAUGAGGAUGACAGUGGUACAUACACUUGCAAAUUGAGCACAGCCAAAGAGGAGCUGACCUCCUGUGCCAAGCUGAAGGUCAUUGCAUCCAUUGGGCCUCUCUUUACACGACAGCUGGAUGUGUUGGAGGUGAUUGAGGGUCGGAAUGCUCGCUUUGACUGCAAGGUCAGCGGCACGCCACCACCCCGCGUCAUCUGGAGUCACUUCGACCAUCCUCUGGUGGAGAGUGAGGAUAUCCAUAUCCUGAAGGAAGGUGGUCGACACUCUCUUGUCAUCUCUCAUGUCAGCACUGAGGAUGAAGGCUUGUACACAGUUGUGGCCCGAAACCCACACGGCGAGACCGAAUGUUCAGCAGAACUGUACGUGCAGGAACCCCGGCCAGCGAUCUCAUUGCAGAUGGCCAAGUUAGAAAAGAUGCCCUCCAUUCCAGAGGAACCGGAAGUUCCAGACAGUGAGGUGGAACGUUUCACUAUGCCUGACUUCGUUAAGCCACUCUACGACCUGGAUGUGAUUGAGGGCAAAGAAGCCAUUUUGAAAUGCAAGGUGGCUGGCCUUCCAUACCCCACCAUCGCCUGGUUCCACAACGGCAAGAAGAUUGAGAGCACAGAAGACAGGAAGAUGACACAGUUCAGAGACAUUCACAGUCUGGUUAUUCGCUCUGUGUGCCAUGCUCACGGUGGCGUCUACAAGAGUGUCAUUUCCAACAAGGUGGGCAAGGCCACCUGCUACGCCCAUCUUUAUGUAACAGACGUUCUUCCUGAUCCUCCAGAUGGAGCUCCAGUAAUUGAGUCCAUCACUGGCAAAACCAUCACACUUUGUUGGAAGAAACCCAAACGGCUGGACCCGUCCAUUGACCCCAGCACUUUGAUGUAUGCUGUUCAGCAGCAGGCUCUGGGCUCCAUCCAGUGGACCAUAAUUGCUUCCAGCCUAAAGCAGACCACCUACACUGUAACCUCACUGUCCAAGGGUGUCCGCUAUGCUUUUAGGGUCCUGUCCAUCACCAGCAAAGCCUUCAGCAAGCCGUCUCCCGCCACAGACCCAGUGCAGCUUGUAGACAGAGGUCCGUAUCUUCAGGAGGCCCCAGUCGUCAUUGACAAACCAGAUGUAGUAUACAUGGUGGAGAAUCAACCAGUCAGCAUUACGGUCACUCUCAACCACGUCAAUGCAGCAGUCACCUGGAAAAGGAGAGGAGUUACCCUGUCGAACAGGCCCGGUCUGUUUGAGAUGAGCAUGCCUGAUGAUGACCAGCACACACUGAAGUUGUGUAAGGUGAAAAGCAGUGAUGUGGGUCCACUCACUUUCACUGCUAGCAACCCGUAUGGGACAGACUCCUGUCUCCUAACCCUGGAGAUGGCAGCGGCCCCAACAUUUGAGUCCAUUAUGGAGGAUUUGGAUGUGAGUGUUGGUGAGACACCCCGUUUUGCUGUAGUUGUUGAAGGAAAGCCCAUUCCAGACAUCCUGUGGUACAAGAACGAUGUCCUCCUGUCUGAGAGCAGCCAUUUUACCUUUGUGUAUGAUGAUAAUGAGUGUUCUCUGGUAGUGCUCAACACUCAGCCGGAUGACUCUGGGGUCUACACAUGCACUGCUAAAAACCUGGCCGGCUCGGUUUCCUGCAAGGCUGAGCUCACCGUUCACACUACUACACGGGAGAAGGAUGACCCGAUGGAGGAUGAGGAGACUAUUCUGAGGAGGAUGCGAAGGCUUACCGAUUACUAUGACGUGCACAAGGAGAUUGGGAGAGGAGCCUUCUCUUAUGUGAAGCGAGUGACACACAAGGUAGGAAAGAUGGAGUAUGCAGCCAAGUUCAUCUCAGCACGUGCCAAGAGAAAAGCCUCAGCCCUGAGGGAGAUGAACAUCUUUUCUCACCUCAACCAUGAAAGGAUCAUUUACUUCCAUGAUGCAUUCGAGAAGAAGAAUGCCGUCAUCAUCAUCACUGAGAUAUGUCACGAGGAGCUUCUGGAAAGGCUGACAAAGAAAUCAACAGUAUUGGAGGCUGAGAUCCGCUCCAGUGUAAGACAGUUGUUGGAGGGAAUUAGCUACCUACAUCAAAAUGACAUCUUGCAUUUGGAUGUCAAGCCUGACAAUAUCCUCAUGGCUGACCCCACCAGCGACCAGAUCCGUAUCUGUGAUUUUGGCAAUGCAGUGAAGUUCACACCUGACGAAGCACAGUACUGCAAAUAUGGCACUCCAGAAUUUGUUGCCCCAGAAAUUGUUAACCAGACACCAGUCUCUAAGGCAACAGACAUCUGGCCUGUUGGUGUCCUGACCUAUCUAUGUCUUACUGGAGUGUCUCCAUUUGCGGGAGAAAAUGACCGAAGCUCUGUGCUUAACAUCAGAAAUUACAACGUGGCCUUUGAAGAGAGCAUGUUUGCUGACCUUUGCCAUGAAGCAAAGGGAUUUGUCAUCAAAUUGUUAGUGGCUGACAGAUUGAGACCAGAUGCCAGUGAGUGUCUUCGCCAUCCUUGGUUCAAGACUCUGAACAAAGGAAAGAGCAUCAGCACGGAGUCCUUGAAAAAAUUUUUGUUAAGAAGAAAAUGGCAACGAUCUCUUAUCAGCUAUAAAUCCAAAAUGGUGAUGAGAUCAAUUCCUGAGCUGCUGGAUGAUUCCUCCAGCCAUAUCUCCAUUGCUGUCCCACGGCAUCUAAAAGAGGGCUCGCCACCACCCUCAUCUUCAUCAGAUUCUGAUGAGGACAUUGUUGAACUGCCCUUCAUACCUAUGCCUCUCAAUAUGGAGUUCUCUGGCUCCAGAAUGUCACUGACUGAGAUUCUUGGGGAUGAAGAAAUGGUGGGCAAAACCAACAGCAACCUUGAGAAGUCUGGAUCAAGCCCUGAAAAAGCAGAGCCCAUGGAGUGUGAGCCCUCAGAGGAGGUUGGUGAUAGUGCUGCAAGAGGUCGAGCCAGGAAGAGGACAACACAAGAUGAUGAAAGAGGUUCCUCUGAUGAGGAACCGUAUGAACUAGCCAAGCGAGCAGAGCAGACAAAGAGACCACUUUGCAGAGGCUCAAGUAUGGAGUCUGACAAGCCUGAGGGAGCUCGUCGUAGAGGUGAGCUGCGUAGAGGGAGCUCAGCAGACAGUGCCCUGCAACUCCAUAUCAAGCCAGAGGAGGGUGCGGAGGAGAGUCCAACAGAUGGUAGAAGAAUCCUUAAAAAGUCUGUAUCUAUGGAGCUGCCUCGCAGAAGCCCAAGCCCAGGAGCUGCCAAGAUGAGUCAGGAAGAUUAUGCUCUGAAACUGGAACUGAUGAGACAGAGACUCCUCAGAGGAGGCUCUGUGGACAACAAGAUGAGUGGUCUUCGAGGCCCUCUGUUAGAGACUUUAGGCAUGGGAGAUGAGAAGCGCUUUAUGCGUGGGACUCGCUUAGGUAACCCUCCACUAGUUCGGGCUGCAUCCAGCGAAUCACCAAGAGAUGACAUCCCAAAAACCAAAGUGCUCCGCAAGAGUGCAUCCUUCAGUCAGGGUGACACUGAGCCAAUGCCCCUGCAUCGGCGGAUUGGGGCUCCUCUAGAGAUUCCUCUUGCCCAGAUAGAGGAACGACGACUGCAAGAAGCUGUGUCCAUGUCUGUUCUUGCAGAGCCAGUCAAGCAAGAUUCCCGUCCUGUCACCCCCAAACCACUCACUCCUGAACCAAAGAGACAUGAAACAAAGGUACCGGCAGAAGAGAAGGAACCUUCACCUGUCAGACACAGUCAGCAUGAGGAAAUAAAGCAAGCAGACACUGCCACUGUAGAGGAACAUGAAGAUGGUAAUGUCCAAAAGAAUGAUUUGUUCAUGUUACAGGAAACUGCCAAAGAACCUGUGAAUGUUCCCCAAAGUAGGUCAACACCUUCUGUGGUGCCCAAAGAUGUGUUAGAGGAAAGAAUUGAAGAGGAGGAAGAGGAAGUAAAAGAACCAGUGAAAGAACAUGUAAAAGAAAGGGAACCUUCUGUUGUUAAGAUGAAAGUCAGAGAAGUUGAAGAAGAUGAGAGGGCACCAGUUAAUGCUUCAGAGAUCACCAUAUCCACUAGUUCCAUAGUGAGCCCAGCUGUAGUGUCUGCCAAGACCCCUCAAAGUGUUGUCUCAACUUAUGUAACCCCUUCUCCCCCUACCCGCACAGUACUUCCGGAUGGCAGGACAUCUGCCUAUGCAAGUGUCAUGCAGACCAUCCUAGUCCCAUUACUGCAAACACCAAGCGAGCCAGCAGCCAUUCUCACAUCCACAAAUGUCUCAGUGCCAGCCUCUCCAUCUGUGCCUGUCUAUACAUCCAUGUCCAGACAUAUUUCAGAGCCAUCUCUCAUAUCUGCUCCACCAUCUUCCAAGGCGGAUGCUCACCAAACCACUGAACAUCCUGCGGUUUUCUCUCGUGUCGCAUCAAUAGAACAGCCAUCCAAGGAACCAAGUCCACCUAAGACUCCCACUCGUGUUUCCCCAAAGAAAGAGCCCUCUCCUGGUAGCCACAUCGAGGACCUUGCCUCUGAAGAAGUCUUUGAGGCUCGGUUUAAGAAGCGUGAGUCUUCUCUCACCCGUAGUCUGAAACGUCUUUCUUGGCAAAAGACAGAUGAAAAGCCCUCUACAGUUGCUCCUGAGGUGACAGAGGAGAUGUAUCGUCCAGGACCAAUUGGUGCUCCUCUAGAGUUUGUACCCAGGAGGCUGGAAGAGAAGUCAAAAUCUGUACAAGAUCUCCGUGAGGCUGAGAAAGACCCAGGUUUCAUGAGGAGAUUGUCCAUGCGCCUAAGGAGGACCCCAUCAAUGGAGAGGAAAGAGGAAAAGCUCAAAGAGGAUGAAUUCACUACCCCAAAGCGUCGUUUGUCUUGGGCUUUGGGACGAAGAGGGUCCCAGGACAAAAAGGAAGUGGAGAUGAUGAGGCUGGACGGAGGUCUAGAGACACCUCCAGAGCCAGAGACCAAGAAACCAACUGAGUCCCCUGUUCUAGCAAUGCGCAGAAAAAUUGGCAGCACUGUGAGCGGUUUAUCCAUGAAGAUCAGGAGUCAUUCAGAAGAAAGGAAAGAUGAAAAGGAGGGCAAGACAGAAACGAAGAGGACUCCUCUGCUGUCCAUACUACGCCGUUCCACCUCAGAGGGAGGCAGUCUAAAGAGAAUGGGCAUCCCACAGAAUCAGCUAGCCAGUCAGUCAGGCACUGGGGCCUCCUCUGAAUCUUUGGAUUCUAUGUCUAGCAUCCAGUCAGAAUCAGCUGCCAGAAGUGCAGAGACUGAGCGCAGGUCACGAUGGGACAGAUGGGGCCUGACCAGAGGCAGGAGGGACAAGACUGUCUCUCAGCCAGACAUACCCACUGCUAUUGCUAGAGAAAAUGGCUCCCUGCGCUCUCGCCAGUACUCCCGUAUGGCCUCUGACUUUCCUCCAGUGUUUCACAUCAAACUGAGGGACCAUGUUCUCCUUGAGGGAGAUCCAGUCACUCUCAGCUGCCUGCCUGCAGGCAGUCCUCACCCACACAUCGCAUGGAUGAAAGAUAAAAAGCCACUUGAGAUUGACCCGAGGAUGAACAUGAUCUCCUGCCCUGAUGGGAGACAACUGCUGAUGAUUAUGAAGACCACCAAGAAUGACGCAGGCCUAUAUGAAUGUGUGGCCACAAACCCACUAGCCUCUGUCACCAGCUCCUGUAAACUCUCCCUUGCCCGUCUUCCAAACCGACCUGGCACUCCAGAGGUUCCUCAAAAGUACAAGAACACAGCAUUAGUGGUGUGGCGCCCAUCCGACACCAUGGCUCCAUGUACUUACUCCCUGGAGAGGAGGACAGAGGGUGAAAGUAACUGGCUGAUUGUCGCCACUGGUGUGGCUGAUUGUUACUACAAUGUCACAGAUGUCCCGACCGGCGCUACUUACAGGUUCAGAGUGGCUUGUGUGAAUAAAGCUGGCCAAGGACCAUACAGCAAUCUCUCUGAGAAAGUAACCUUGGAUGCAGCAGUACCUCAAAAGGCCACUGGAACAGUCAUUGUCAAGACUCUUCCACCAGCAUCUAGUCCUACAGUGGUGACCUCCACGAUGACCGUGCCUCCUAUGAAGCCUACUGGGAGUAAACCUACACCCACUGCUUUAGCCCCAGCACAGGCCCCUGCUGCCCAACCUGCCCAGCCUGCCCCUCCUGCCCAGCCUCCCCCUGCUCCUGUCUCUACUGCGACCCCAACCCCAGCAACAGCUCCCUCAUAUUCAUCCCCCACCCACCGUGAUGUCCCUGAGUUCCAGAUUCCCAUCUCGUCCAGCACCUCCGCUCCAGCUAAAGCCAAAACCACUCUCAAUAUCACUGUAGCCAAACCCACCCCUACCCCGGUUGCUGCUCCAGUACAGUCUGUCCCAGCCAAACUCUCUCCUCCUGCCAUUCUCCCCAAACCACAGAGUCCUGUGAAUGUAGUUUCACCCAUGGCCCAAACUCCCCCUGUCUCCCCACCCCCGUUAGUCUCCCCUCCUCCUUCUAUUGGCAAACCCAUCUCCUCCGUGCCCAUGUAUGUUCCCACCACCACAACAGCCCAUGUGAUGCCAGUAACCCCAAAUACGCCCUCUCCUGCCCUUUCUCCACCUGUGGUGCUGGUUACAAGUCUGAGUCCUCUUGGGGAGGGUGCUGCUACGCCCAACAGAAUGACUCCCAGUGGGAGGGCGACCCCAUCUGGCCGUGUGACACCAACUGGGCGCAGGACUCCCUUGGGUAAGCCAGGAGACUCUACUCUACGGCAAGGGGUACCCCAAAAACCGUAUACCUUCAUGGAUGAGAAGGCCAGAGGCCGUUUUGGUGUUAUCCGUGAAUGCAGAGAAAAUGCCACAGGCAGCCUCUUCAUGGCCAAAAUCGUGCCUUAUGAGCCUGAGAGCAAGCAGAAUGUUCUGCAGGAGUACGAGAUCCUUAAGUCCCUGCAUCAUGACAAGAUCAUGGCCCUCCAUGAGGCCUAUGUCACUCCACGCUACCUUGUGCUCAUCUCUGAGUGUUGUGCAGGCAAAGAAAUCCUCUACAGCCUGAUUGACAGGUUCCGUUACUCUGAGGAUGACGUGGUGGCCUACGUUGUGCAGGUAUUGCAGGGCCUGGACUACCUGCACAACAGAAGAAUCCUGCAUUUGGACAUCAAGCCAGAAAACAUCAUAGUCACCUACAUGAAUGCAGUCAAGAUUAUUGACUUUGGCAGUGCUCAGACCUUCAAUCCACUCUUCCUGAAACAGUUUAGCCCUCCUAUAGGAACACUGGAGUACAUGUCUCCUGAGAUGUUGAAAGGAGACGUGGUGGGUCCUCCAGCUGACAUCUGGAGCGUCGGUGUUAUGACAUACAUCAUGCUCAGUGGAAGGUUGCCUUUCACUGAGAACGACCCAGCAGAGACAGAGGCCAGAAUCCAGGCAGCCAAGUUUGACCUCAGCAAGCUCUACCAAAAUGUGUCCCAAAGUGCCUCUCUGUUCCUUAAGAAGAUCCUGUGCAGCUACCCUUGGGCCCGUCCCUCGAUUAAGGACUGCUUCAACAACUCCUGGCUACAGGAUGCAUACCUAAUGCGGCUGCGGCGACAGACCCUCACCUUCACCACCACACGCCUCAAGGAGUUCCUGAGCCAGCAGCAGCAGAUUAGAGCCCAGGUGGCCACCAAGCACAAAGUUCUCCUGCGCUCCUACCAGAGCUCCCCCCAAUCUCCCACCUCACCCACCACACCGUCUACACCUUCUACACUUUCCAUACCCUCAACACCCUCCACCCCUGUCACCCAGUGACCUCACCUUGGCUCUGCCAGAGCAGGAAUGUGACCCAAGAGUAGCGCUCCAGGGGAAGGACAGAGAGGCCCAGCCUCAGGACAACCAACUGUCACUGUGCUGACACCUGGCUGGACUUAUAAGGGGGGCCAGUUACUGUGCAGUGAGUGAACACAUCAGGCACCUGUUCAGUCAAACUUACCCUCAUUCUGUGAAGAGUCAAACACACCCCUAGUCAGACAGACAAGAAAAAACUCUCCUUCAGAACUUACCUAUUGCAUCAAACAGGUCCUAAUGCGCUAACUUCUAUCAGCUGUGGCCAGCAUGCUCAGCGCUGUUGAGUUCAUUGUCCUGCUAGAAGCCCGUCUCCAUGCACAGUCUUGCUCCUCCUCUGCACUGUCUUGCCUUGCCCACACAUCCCUUUUCAUAUAUGUGACAGUUUGACUAAGGUGUUGCAAGCUGUUUUCUGCAUUUUGUAGAGUCAGUAAAUAUGGACCCAGUGGGGUCCUCACACAGAAGCUUAUAAUUUAACAUGAAGGUGUAUGACAUCAUUUGCCAAAUGUCACGUUAAUGUAAACAUGUGUGGUGUUUCCCUAUAAUGACCCUGGGGCCUUGGAAAUUGUGGAGGAAUAAAAUGUGUAUAUCCUUUUUUCUGCUAGUUUUUAUGAUUGACUCUUUUAUUACAAGUAGUUGUUAUACCGUUAUCAUGAGUAUAUAUGGAGUAUUUAGCACUCAAGCUAUUCUUACUGUAGUGCCACUUGAUGUUUUACAACCGACUUUGAGUUUUGUCUUUUACUAACUUUUACCGUUCAUGGCAAAAAAGUUGGGUCAUACUUAGCAGCCGGUGACGUCAGAGAAGCCUUUUGAUGAAAAGAAAAAAAAGAAGAAAAAAAAAGAAAAAGUUGUCCACUCAUGUGACAAACCCUAUAUUUAACUGAAAAUAGUACAAAGACAACAUAUCAAAGGUUGAAACUGAGAAGUUUUAUUUAUUUAUUUAUUUAUUUUUAUAUAUGCCCAUUUUAAAUUUGGUGUCAGCAACAUGCUUCAAAAAAGUUUGGACAGGGCAUGUUUACCACUAUGCUGCAAUCACUUCUUUUGAUAAUGCUCUGUAAGCAUUUGGGAACUGAGGAAAAUAAUUGCUAGAGUUUUAAAAGUGAAAUGUUUUUACAUUUUUGCUUGAUAUACAAUUUCACCUGCUUAACAGUUCUGAGUCUGCUUUGUUGUAUUUUUCGUUUCAUUAUGCACCGAAUGCUUUAGUGGAUGACAGGUCAGGAUAGCAGGCAGGCCAGUUUAGCACUCAGACUCUUUUACAAUACUGUUUUAUGAUGAUGCUAUGCUGUUGUAAUACAUACAGAAUGUGGUUUGGCAUUGUCUUACUGGAAUAAGGAAGGCCUUCCCUGAAAGUCAUCUGGACGGCAGCAUAUGUUGCUCCAAAACCUGUAUACGUCAGUCAGCAUUAAUGGUGCCUUCACAGAUGUGCAUGCACCAUGUGCACUAGUGCACCCCCAUACCAUCAUGAUAGACCAUCAACAAGUAGAGUUGUUCCUCUUUAGCCCAGAGGAUGCGGCAUCCAUGAUUUCCAAAAAGAGUUUCAAAUUUUGAUUUGUCCGUCUACAGGACAAUUUUCUACUUCGCCCCAGUUAGUCUUAAAUGAGCUUGGGCCCAGAGAAGGCAGCGGUGUUUCUGGAUCCUGUUUAUAUAUGGCUUCUACUUUGCAUGGUAGAGUUUUCACUUGUAUUUUUGGAUGCAGCAACAAACUAUGUUCACACCGGUGAUUUUCAGAAGUGUUGCUGAGCCCAUGCAGUGAUUUCCACUACAGAAUCAUGUACUACCUAAGGGCUCAAAUAUCAUGGCUAUCCAGUGGGGGAUUCAUGACCUUGUCCCUUGCGUAUAGAGAUUCAGAGAGAGUCUUUUAAUGAUAUCAUGUACUGCCGAUGAUGAAAUUCCCAAGAUCUUUGCUUUGCUAACAUUGUUCUUCAAUUUUUGCACUAUUUGUCCACACAGUCUUUCACAGAGUGGUGAACACCUCCUCAUCUUUACUUCUGAAAGUCUCUGGGAUGCUCUUUUUAUACCUUUGUCAUGUUACUGUUACUGAACUGUUGCCGGUUAACCUAAUUAGUUGUAAGAUAUUCAAUGAAUGAAUGUUCCACCAGGUGUAUUUUUAACAUCACACACCUUUACCAGUCUUUUGUUGUCCAUGUCCCAACUUUUACAAAAAUUGUUACUGACAUCAAAUUUGAAAUGGGCAUUUAUUUUUCAGAAAACAAUACAAUUUCUCAGUUGCAAAAUUUGGUACAUUGUCUUUGUACUGUUUUUUCAAUCAAUAUAGACUUUAAAUAAUUUGCAAGUUAUUGCAUUAUGUUUUCAUUUACAUUUUGCACAGCAUCUCUACUUUUUUUGGAAACAAGGAUGCAGCAUUUUGUCCUUCUAAGCUGAGGAAAGUUCAAAGUGUGCCACUUAUUCUUUUAUUUAUUAAACUUUUUUGGUAUUGAAGGUUGCCUUUCUAUUUAAAAUCCAGAAUGUAUUAUACAUCAGAGGUGUCUUUGCACUGGUUUUAUGUAUCUGCCUUUGUUGAAGUCUUCUGAAUGCACUGAAAACCUUCUUUUUUUGAUAUCUGCACACUGGUGGAGUGACAAGCAUGCUAUCAAUACAAAUAUUUUCAUUAUAGAAUAAAUUCAUUACCUGUGGCAGCAGAAGGAAGUAUUGUGGUAUUAUUCCUCAACUCAAAGUACAAGGGAGUCUGCUUAAAACUAAUUAGGUCUUGGUGGUUACAUGGAGGGAUUGCUUUUUCAAGUCCUGACCAAGAAUAUAGUGGAUAUGUGAAUCUAAAACCAUUAAACAGACAUGUAAGACCAGCAGGACAAUACCGUGCUCAAUGAGCUGGUGUUCAAGGCAGACAUUUCUUACUGUCCUUUUUUCUGUUUGUGUUUCAAUGUAACCACACUUACACUAAAACCAGCCUUAGUGCACUGCCCAUUUAUCUUGUAGUGUGUCUUACAAAGAAAAGUUUGUGUCAUCUAUAAGAAGUGCCACUUCUCUUGUUAUGGCUUAAUUUACAGAAGAGAAGAGAAAAAUAUGUGGCAAAGACACAGUGGCUGCUAUGUUGAAUGUUUGCUGAAUCUUUGCAAUAUUACUUUGAAAGUAAAUAACAUGAAGUAUGAUUUUGUUUUCAUUGGAUGAGUAAAAUCAAGGCUAUUUUAUUUAGAUCUUAAAUAUCGUCUCUGUUAGGAGAAAAUCACAUCGUGUAAAAAGGUACUUUGAGCCAUUUUUGUAAGUCCAUUCAUGAAAGAUUCACACAAAGUAAAGGUCAUCUGGCAUUUUCAGAUUAUGUAAAAAUGGGUUUGUUUUCCCCAAAACAUCACAGGUGUUAAGCUCUUCAUACAAGUCAGAGGUAUUCAGUUCACUUUCAAUUCCUAGCGGUCCAGAUACUGCAGAUUUCCUUCUUUUUUCCUCAGGGGUGACGGUAAAAUAACAUUAACAGUUCAAUUAACUACCAGUGAUCACAAAAUACCUCUGCUCUACAGUGACAGGCGUAUGAUCGGUCUGAUGCUAUGGAAGACAUGUCAACAGUCAUUUUCUAAUCAAUUAAAAAGAAACCCUAAUCAAUAUACAGGAAAUGGAUUGGCACAGAUAUGAGUACUGUGAUCAAGCUGUUGAUCUAAAUGAUGCUUACUUUUUAUUGUCAUGUAAUGAGAUGAAGGUUAAACUUUUUUGUUUGUUGUGGACAGAAUGGAUCUGACUUUUGAUCACACUUGGUAAGCACAGGAUUACAGAACAUCAUGGUUUUACUUCUGUUUAUUUAUUCUUUCCUUCGUUUUGUUAAAGGAGGCAAAUGAAUGUAGAUCUGGUCCUGUAAUUGCCCGGGCAUGAUGUUAAUUGUGUCAAAUUUAAAGAGGAGAUUUGCAUAUUGUUGAUCAUCUCAUCACACGAGUGAGUAGAGGAAAUGUUACUACAGCACACUUUGUGCUGCAGAUGUAAAGUAUAGUUCACAUAUAUAUACUAACCACCUUGGAAACACCUGCUUAAGCACUGCCACUCGCCCUUUUGUAAUAUUUCAAAGGCCAUAUGGAUGUGUUUCGGGUACAAAAGUGCAAAAGUAUCCAAAACCUGGGUACAAAAGUAUGUUAAUCUUCAAUACUGUUAUACAUUGCAGUGAGCCGAAUGUUUACCUUGUUGCUGUGCCUGCUACACCCUGUCACACUGACUUAUUUCCAUUUCUCAUUUGCUUAAACUUACUGCUAUUUACAGUACUUACUGUUUUUUUUUUGCCAAAUUUUAUUAUUAAUAAUGAUAAUAAUAAUAAUAGUAAUAUUAUCUGUGUUUCUGUCAUUUUCAAGUUUUGUAUCUCUUUAUUAUUUGCAUAAUUAAGAGCAAAUAAGAGUGAUUUCCACUCUUCGUUAAUUACUUUUUGAAUGAUUCAAGUUUGGAACAAUCAUUAAGGCCAAUGAUAUAUGGAAUCACAAUAAAGCAAACAUGGCUAAAGAGCCGCAGACACUGGUCUGUGGUUGUGAAUAAGGUUUUGUAUUAAUAACUGGCGUGUGAGCAUUUGUGUACUUUCCCUUUGGAUCAUGCUGGGCGACCCUUUAAUGUGAAACUAAACCAAGUGUUUUUUUUCUGGAAUGCAUUAUGUUGCACUAAAACAGUGACAAACAUGAACAUGACAUGAAUGUUUUACAGUAGUAUGAAAUCAGUGUGUAUAUGUGGAAAACAUGACAAUUCAUGAAAUAAAGUCUGUUAUUAACAGUA